AUGGAGUCGCAAACUCACCAGGAAAAAGACGCAACUUCUUACCAAAACUACAUCUGCGAAGGAAAUGGGGAAUUUUUCGUUACAACCAGCGGACUCACGCAACAACACGUGCACACACAACACAGAAGUGUAAAACCAUUCGUUUGCGGGGUAUGCAGCAGAUUGUUCACCCAGUUCUCGAACCUAUGUCGACACAAGCUCACAGAUUGUAGCCGAAAAGUAACGUGCUCCACUUGCGGCGAUACUUUCAACUCAUUCAGCGCUCGGAACAAACAUCAAAAGUUCUGCGUGAAUAAAUAUCCGAUAAUAGUCGGGCCUACAUUUUCGGUAGCUUCGACUGUGCCGAGUUUGAACGUAGAUUAUCCAAACACGCACUUGUCGGCACAAAGCUGUGUCUUGUCUUUGCAUCCGCGCUCGGCUGACGAGAACCAAACUCAGAAUCAACACAGUUUGGGCUCAGGAUUAGAAAACUCAAGAGGCACGCGCCGCGAGUCGCGGCUCGAUUUGAAUAACCCGAGAGACCAUUUCGGCUCGGACUCAGAAACCGAAGAGGAGAUGUCGGAAAUCAACGAGCGUCCGAAUGAAGAAAAUGACGAGGAAAUCCAAAUCGUUUUCACUCGAAACGAAGAGGAAGAGAAUAAUAGUAGCAAGAGUAACAGAAAAGAAACCGAAAACGAAUCAGGUAACUCUUCAAUUGAACACGAGAACUUUGAUAACAACUAUCUGAACAGACUAGCAGGAAACCAACGUUGCAAUUCAAAUGAAACUUUGAAAUCGGGGGAUCCUCUGCUACGUGGUGCAAAUUUUUUCGAGUGUAAAUUCUGUCACAAAGGGUUCCGUCAGUUGGCUACCUUGAAUCACCAUCUGAAGACUCACACAGGAGAGCAGCCUUACGUGUGCAAACUCUGCAACAGAGCUUUCAAAGUGUCAGGAAAUCUGGAGCGACAUGUUACGAAAUUUCACAACAAGGAAAAAGCCUACAAAUGCAAAGUGUGCGACAAAGCCUUCGGAGAGAAGAAAGCAGUGAAGAGACACGAGCUCAAAAAGAAAUGUUGCUCUCCCUUCAAAUCAAACCUCGCAAGUGCGUCGUGUAAAACCGUCACGAGUGCGUCACGUGACACCGUCACGAGUGCGUCACGUGACACUAUCACGAGUGCGUCACGUGAUGCUAUCACGCGUGUGUUACGUGACAACAUCACGAGUGAGUCACUUAGCGCCAUCAGGACUUCAAACACUUCGGCCAUGCGGAACCGCGCGACAUUCGAGUCAAACUCGGAAGGAAUCAGACAUAGGACGCCGGCAACAAUCCGACGUGCUACUGCUACACACCUUAUGUCACCAUCGGGCUUCACCGGCGCAUUUUCGGCCUCACACGUUUUGCAAAGUAAUGGAGACAACCCUUGCUCUUUAGCAAAGUUAACUCGGAGGUCGGUGAUUCGUCCCAAUCCGAUUGCCAUGCUUGAGUCCCCGCCUCAGUCGAAUGAGGUGAAAGGCGAGAAUGAAACACCCAAAGAGACUCUUCUCUUAGUCCUCGGCUGGAAUAAAGCAAAACUGCUGCUUGAAUAA